AUGCAAGGUAGUGUCUUAGGCCCUUUGCUAUUUUUAGUGUUUAUCAAUGAUAUUUGUGAAAGUUUUUGUGUCGGUAAGCCCCUUCUAUAUGCAGAUGAUCUUAAAGUAUUAUAUUCAUUUUCUCCACAUGAGCUGAAAAAUAUGCAAAAUUGUAUUAGCAAGGAGCUUAACAGGGUAGCACUGUGGUGCUUAAAAUGGAAACUGGAGCUUAAUACGGCUAAAUGUGGAUGGAUAUGCUUCGGCAAUACAUCACUCAACCUAGAUAUUACCAUAAAUGGAGAAGCGUUAUCUAGGUUACAUACAGUAGUAGACUUAGGACUUAGAUAUUCCCAAGACUUGUCGUUUACAGAACAUAUAUUAAAACAGACCUCUAAGUCUCAACGUCUAAUAGGUUACAUAACUCGAAAUCUUUACAACACUGAGUCACGUAUUCUAAUGUACAAAGUUUGUGCUCGACCUCUUCUGGAAUACUGCACGUUUGUUCUUAACAGUGCACUCAUAAAGAAUAAAUUAAGGCUGGAAUCAGUACAGAGACGAUUUACACUUCGUAUUCUUGGAACUGAUUGUACCUUAACUUAUAAUUCUAGAUGUAAUAAACUUGGGCUAGACCCUUUAUGGAGGAGGAGACUCAAACUAAAUCUUAUCUUUUUCUUCAAACUACUUCAUAAACUAUCGUUUACAUCCGAUCACGCGAUUCAAUAUGCAGAAACCUCUCAUUAUUACAUCCGUAAUUCCUUGGCACUAGUGAAACAAACUCAUUCUAAAUCAUCUCUUUAUAUGAAUUACUUCACCUGUAAAUUUUCUAGACUCUGGAAUAACCUACCACAAUCUAUCCGCACGAUAAAAUCACUCUCAUUAUUUGUUCGCUGCAUCGAUGCAUACUGCUCCUCUGAAAAUGCACUGAAUGUUCUAGCACCUGUAAGUGUAUCUCAUUCCACAAGUGAGAUUAUAGGAACUUUAGAUGUUUAG